UCCCGCAACCUAUAAAAUUUUCACUCGCCAGAACAGCUGAUGGUCCAGAAAUUCGGAUGACGCUCAAAGUUUCACCAGUCGUCUUCGAGUUUUUUCGGAUCACUUCGAGUGCAGCAGUGUAGCAGUGCAGUCGCUAUGGAUUUAGUACAGAUGCAGCAACAUGUCAGCCGGUGUGUCUGAGGUGAAUUCUGAUGACGGGCAAGUCCGUAUGAUUGUCCCUUCGCAUAACCGUCUGACAUAGAAGCAGUAUCUUGGCAAUCGACGUCACGGGAACUCCGAUAACUGGGAGGCGAAAUUCAAGGUUAAUUUUAUCAUUACGACACGAUCAUAAUAAUGAUUUUAAUAACGCGUAGUACAUACCUAUCGGCCUCGGAUAAAGUCACAAGUGACAAUGAUGGGUGAAGUAUGCCCCAACUGUGGAGAGUACACAAAUGCGUCAACAUCCCGUUUAGUUAGGGAUGCCUGCGGGCACAAAAAGUGUCGGAUAUGCUUAGUUGACGAGGAGGAAGGAUGUAAAGCCUGCCAAAGUGAGCAUCGCAUUCAAACGAUCGGUAACUUUGAUUAUCCAUUCCACUCCUCACCGUUAGCUUCAAUGUCCGGGGAUUUCAGCACUUCUGAAACAUGCUCUGAGAAAGGAGAAAUGAUUCAGCAACCUCUGGAACUUGUGAUAAAUAAACCACUAGACCAUGUACAAGAUCUCUUUGUUCAUCAAGAAUCCUGUGGCUUGGACAGCACUAUGUUCCAUUCAGAAUGGGUGGGUGAGCACAGUGUAAACAAUGAAAACAAUGACAUGGAUCAAAAUUUGAAGCCGAAAAGAACUGAAAAAACAACAAUUCAUACAUUCCAUGAAAAUGGAGCUACUGACCCCCCGCAACUUGGACGUCGUUCUACUUCUGAUCCAGGUUUUGAUGCCUGUGACCGACCAAUGAACCAGGAAGUAUCGAUGCAACUGCGAAGUAGUGUUCCAAAAUUAGAGCCAUUGGAGUUGGUGACUAACCUACGUUCUCCUACAAAAAUUAAAGGCGACCAUGAAGACUUACUGGUACAGGAAAUGAUUCAUUGCAAACAGAAUGAUUCCAAUAAGGAGGUAGAGAAGCCAAAGAAACGAAAGAAUUCUAGGCUCAAGCGGACACACAUAUCUGUGAUACCAGGAGUCCAGGAAACCUACAAGUGUAACAUCUGUGGUAAAACGUUCAAAAGUCCAACAGCAGAGCGGUACCAUGAUUCUUGCCUGACAGGAAUAAAACCGUACCACUGCACAAUCUGCGACAGGAGUUUUGUAAAACAGUCACACUUUCAGUAUCACGAACGAACGCAUACAGGCUAUAAGCCAUUCGAAUGCUCGGUUUGUGGAAAGGCAUUUCCACAACGCAACAAGCUCAACAGACACCUUCAUUCUCAUGAAAUUAAGAAACGUUUCAGGUGUUCAGUCUGUCAGAAGGGUUACAGCAGUAGAGAAGACCUGAAGAGUCACCUAAACGUUCACACAGGAGUCCGACCGUAUACUUGUCAAAUUUGCAAGAAAUCAUUUCGCGAAGCAACGAACUUAACUCGUCACAUGCACACACACUCUAAUGAGCGUCCUCAUAUGUGUGAGCAAUGUGGAAAAAGUUUUAAGGACAAAUGUUUGCUGGUCCGACAUCGACGAACACACGGUAAAGAGCGCCCAUUUUCAUGCUCCGAUUGCACGAGAGUUUUCCUCUCAAAGAGUGAGUUGAGCCGUCACUUGGCAGUACAUUCAGAUGAUAAGCCGUUCCCCUGCCAGUUUUGCAGUACCGUCUUCAGACGAAAAGACAAUCUCAAUCGUCAUACCAGACAUCAUCAUUCAGAGGACAGAAUCACAUCUCUAGAUAAACCUGCACCUACGGAGGGGCGCGUCGAAACCCCCUUUGUGGAAUCAAAACCAGCAAUUGUUGCUAAGCAAAAGAUAAGGCCAAAAAGUAAGCCGAAAGCCUCCGCGAAUCCGCUACCAAAGAGUCCCGCAAAGAUAUCCGUACUUUACAUAAAUUCUCAUGAACAAAUUAAGUGCCGAUUAGAUUCCAGAAGUAACGUUACUCCUGUGAUAAGACCAAUCAGUGAAUUGAGCAAUGCUGUGCCUGUUAUUAAUGGACCAAUUAGUAUCAAACGACCCGAAGAGAAGACAACUUCUCCUAAAAAAGCUUUUACCCACACGGAACCGAUUCCAUUGGCUGAAGCCGUUGUGAUUAACAGAAGAAUCGAAGAAAAAUUGUACCCAAAAAGUGAUUCAAAUAACGACUGUUUCUUUCAUCCUGAUUUUCGUAGCAGUCGAGUCGAAAGGCAGCACCCUGUCCAUAAGUCAAUUCGAGAAUUUCCGCUCCGACCUAAUCAUGCAAACAAAAACAUGUUGGUUGCUAAGGUUUGCAGCCCAGAGCUAUCGAUAUCCGACCCACAGAUUCCAGCAGCACCGCCAAAUCGAGUUGACAAGUUCAACCAAUCUCGCUCGUUUCUUCCUCAAAAGAAGCAAAAUAUGCAGCCAGACGUACCCUUAUCAUGGGGUGAGUGUCAAGAUUCAAAAAGUGUGAACACGCUGAGGCAUCCGGUUCCAAAGAAGCGAGCUAUAGAGGAAAUGAAGUCAAAUCCGAUGAUUGCCAAGUCUCCAGACCUCACGCCAAUCUCAACGCAACAGAGGCAACAAAGUACUUCGAUAGGUGGGCAAAAUGAACCAGAGCGAACAAAUUGUGUGCCUACCAUAACUAAGACUGGAAAUACAAAUGGCAACGGUGAAUCUGAAGAAUUUAUUUUACCUCAAGGUGGUAUUCUAGAUAACAAAAGUACGAAUGGUGGAGGUAUCUCUGCUACUGGUUGCGUAGAAAAAUCCAGCGUCAAAAAAUUAAGCGACAUACACUGGAGACGGAGGACUUCGGAAAUAUUAAAACCUCGAAUACGUGGGUUCAAUUCAUUUGUCAACUGUCAAUUAUCGGAAUUAGAAUUACCUGAAGAGGCUUGUGAUGCUGAAGGUAAAUUUUAGGUGAUAUCUAUACAUUAACAGAAGUUGGAACAAGAUGGAAGCCUAGAUUGGAUUAGGUAUGUGAUAUAUUGAGAAAUAUGAAAAGACUCGGAACUUGGAAAUGAUUUGAUAUUAUAAUUAUUUAAUAUUUAUUCUUAUUUUUGUAAUUGUCUAUACAUAAAAUAAUAAAAUUUGAUCUAUGGUAUUCAUAAA